AGUCUUGUUAUUAUUACAGGGACACCAACUGUGUAGUGUGCAAAGUUGGAGCCUUCGGGAACAGCCUUUGGAAUGCGCCUGCGGCACUAUCGGAUCUGGAAACGCAUUUGAGACACUAUUUACGUGCAUGAAAAAAUACGGAAACCUUACGGAUGAUGCUGGGCUGUGUUUUUGGAAUCAUUAAAUCUCGACAAUUUUUGUGUCAGUUGGCAAAGUUUUACUUGACAUAACCUCAAAUCUCCUCUCCUCAGCAGACAACUCUUAAAUACCCAAGAUGACAACCUCUCUCCAACUGUCUGGUCGAGCUCUACAGAGACACGCCCAAAAUGUUAUGUGUCUAUUUUCCCGGCAGAGCAGUUCAGCCUCAAGUGCCCCUGUCUCUACAAAGUCUAACAAUGACGCACUGAUUCGACCAGUUUUUCACAAUAGAAAUCCUAGAAAUCUUGAGCUCAUGACAAUUGCUCAAAAACCCGAAGGAUACCACUUGGACAGAUUCAAUGUCUCAUACUGGCAUAAAUUGGUCAUUACUGUCAGUCAAUCUAAGGUCUCUGCAGAUAUAGUUCAUAACAAUGGCUCAUCUGUGGUCUCUGCCUCCACUGGCGAAUUUGGAAUACGAAAAUUUCUCUACAGACCUACAGAUGUUUCUGCCUACAAGACAAUUGGAAAAGUUAUUGCCCAAAGGUCACUAGAAAGCGGGAUAAAUUCAGUGUUUUUUGAUCUAGAAUAUGAAGAGGGAACUAAG